AUGACGUUGACGCCAUGUGACUUUUCCAUGCUGACUGGCCUACGAGUCAGAGUUGGUGGCCCUAUCCCAUUUGACCUAGAUAUGGCGCAGUGGAGAGCUGCACAACUCCAGCUUCUUGGAGCGAUCCCAGACAUCAACAGGCAGGGGAUGGUGCGCUACAGCUGGUUCUACGAUCACUUUAUUGACAUUCAGCCAGCUACUGUAGAUGAGAUUGCCCAGUACGCUCGUGGCUUCCUUAUGUAUCUUCUCAGUACUACCCUGUUUGCGAACAGGGAGAAUACUGUGGGGAUAUAUCUUCUUGGAGCACUGGUGCAUCUACCGCGGCUGGCAGAGUAUGAUUGGGGUGGCGCCAGCUUGGCCACCUUGUACUGCUGCAUGAGCUCCGUGUCCUGCCGCAAGACGGAUUUAUUCGAUGGCUACUGGAGAGUUUGGGAGGUUUACACAUAUUUCACCACUCUAGCUCCGGUCCUAGUGAGGCCGAUUGAGUUAUCAGUACCCCGUUCUCGGUACUACAACUCACGGUUCAGACGCCGCCACCUAGUAGACCGGACCUACCUAUACUUCCGCCGCUUCUUUGAUACGAUCACUGCGGACCAGGUUGAUUGGCAUCCCUGGGCGGGUAUCUCCCCAGCGUCCAGAGCGACUUAUGCUGCUACUUGGUAUGCCUCUACCAUGCGGAUUCUGUUCGAGGGCCCCUUUGGUCGGGCCUAUUAUUUGGGAGAGAGGUUCAUUCGCCAGACCCGAGGCGUUGCCCACUCAGACGUUUCGCAUCCUCCUCCUCCAGGCAUGAAGACAGUUGAUGAGAUACAUGAUUGA